AUGCAAGCCGUCGACACACCGGCCGCGAUCCAGCCGGUCGCGGACGCCGUCGCGACCGACGACGAGGCCCGCAAGCUGCUCAAGAAGGUGUUGGAGAAGCGCAAGGCGUACCAAGCUCGGGCGACAAAGGCCCUCCGGCGCGAAGAAGUCGCGCGCCUCAAAGCCGCUAAAGAGGCCGAGCGGGCGCAGGAAGCCGCCCAGCGCGCGCUGCGGGACAAGUCAUCUCUCAACGCGUCCGCAAAGUCAUCACCCAAGAAAAAGAAAAUGCCCGAGUCGGUCAGCGCGAUUGCGCCACCGGUAAAGACGGCCAAGGACUUUGAAGUCCCAUCGCUACUCGGCGAGCCUGUCCUCUCGGCCGAGACGCCGACGCUGACAGCGCUCCUCGUGGUCAUGACGCAAUUCAAAGGCGCGAAUCUACCUCCGAUACCGGCCUCUGCGCGCAGCGCUGUCGAGGCACUUCAUGAGCUUCUCACCAACCCCAUGCUCGGCUGUCUCCGGCAAGCCCAGUGCAAAUUGCUGGUGAACCCGUCGAUCGUCGAAUUCCACGUCGAGCUCGCGUCGUUCGAGUCUGUCCCGGCCAAUAGCUCCUUCUUCUUGCUCAUCAUUUCGCACGGUGUCCGCGUCGUGAGCGGUCCGCACCUCGGCUCGUUUGUACUCUUUCCCGAGUCGCGCCUCUCGUCGAUCGAGGAGCUCGCGCUCACUGCGAUCCACGAGCGGAAGCUUGUGGAGGCUCUAUCUCGCAUCCCGUCGACCAACAAGUGCAUCGCGCUCGACGUCUGCCAGGACCAGGACGUCGCGCCAAAUGUGACUGAGACUGCGAUCAAAGGCCGCGUGCACUCGGAGAUGGCCACCCAUCUUCUGGCUCUUCUACAUGAGAAGAGGCCCCCCGAGGUCAAGGAAGACCUUCCGAUUGUCAUCCUCGAAGCCUGCAAGACCCGCACAGAGACGGCGCUGUAUCGUGCUGACGACCCCACGGUCCAAAGCCUCUUUCCGCGUCGACUCUUGGAUGCAUUUCGGGGCGCCGGUGUCUCGCAAGGUGUCGUCGAUUACCAUCGCAAUUGGGCCGAAGACAGCACAAAACUGCCCUACAUUUACCUGCGCGACGUCGUCAACUACGUCGUGUCGCGGGUCCAGUACGACGCCUACUGCUAUGCAGAGCGGAGCAAGCCCACAGAGCGCAAGGCGGCGCUGGCCCAAGCGCUCGGCCCGUCGCUCGAGCAGACGCCGCAAUUUUGCACCAAAUUGCCGCUUGUCGACUUUCCACUCGCCUUUGCACCGAAACCACCGAGCGAGGCGCCAGCGGCCCCGACGCUGGUCCCCACGGACGCGCUCUCAUCGAUCACGGUGGCGUGGCGUGCGCCGGUUGCCAAGCCGCGCCAGCCGUUCUCACCCAUCCUCGGCUUCCACGUCGAGUGCAAGGGCAGUGGCCGGGCGUGCGACGUACGCGACGUCCGGCGGUGUCUCUCGUCGACACACGUGCACUCGGCCAAGUUCCUUCUCGAGGCGCUUCGAACCAAGUUCUCUGCUACGCAGUACCCGUCGGGCCACGCGACGGCGAGUUGGGCGCUGCGCCUACUCCGCCAACCUGCCCCGCGCCGACGCGCGCUUGGGCUCCAAGAGGCCGCUAUGAAGAUCCAAGGACUGUACCGCCGGCGUCAAGCCCGGCGUGCUCUCCGCGCGGUGGCCGCUGCAACGUACCAAGCCGCUGUAGAUCCCACAACGGGCCGAGGCUACUUUUACAACACCAUCACGGGCGCGGCGACGUGGACGAUGCCCCCCAGCCUUCGGCAAUAG